CUCUGGUUGUUUGUGGUUAUAGGAAGGGCAGUAAAAAUUUGACAACCUCUAAUGACUGACUCUGAUCAUUGCGUAACCAGGGAUUAAAAUAGUUAUCAUGGUGCAAACAAUUGUCUUCUACAAAAAUGUUCUUUGUUGAUAAAAUCUUUAUCUUCUUUUGUUGUUGACAUUAUUGUACAACAGAAUUAUGUAGGCUAUUGAUGACCAAACCUAUUGCAUUGUUUAACUAAUAAUACUAUUAUGAGACUAUGCUAUUAAUAGUUGUUGAUAAGCUUGAUAAACUAGCUUAUCAAUUGCUUAGAUAAACAAAAACUGGUAUAAAAUGUGCUAAUUUAGAUGUCAAGAAGCAGAAGUGCUCUUUAAUAUGCUACCAUCUGUAAACUGUAACUUUAUUUUGAAAUAAACAAGUGGAUAUUUUUUGGUAUUUGGUGUGCUUUUUUGUGAUAAAAAUUAACAAUGAGUUUUCGAGAAGAAUUUCGAUUUAGGAAAUUUGGCUUCCAAGAUGUUUCCACUGAAAGGUUCUGUGUUUUUCAGUGGCGUACUCCUGGUGCACUUUAUGUGCUAUAUCGGCUGGUACUAGCAGUGUACACUAUUGUGUGGUUAAGUAUAACAGCUAGCCACUCUCGCAUCAGUGACAGUUUUUCAAUGUCAUGGGGUUCGUACCUGACCAACUGGACAUAUGUCUUGUUGACAAUAUACUUCACCCUUCACGCCAUUGUGGCGGUUGUUGCGUACACAAUUUGUUGUGGUGCAGGGCUUAGCUUUUUGCACAGAAAACGCUCAGUAGAUCACUGGCGCUUGUUUCAUGAAGUGAAUCAGUCAGCUGGGUAUGAAAUCAUCAGUGGACAGGAGGAACAAAGAGAAAGUGUUUAUGUUAUGAGGAACUCUGUACCCUGGUAUAUGGGUCUUGUAUGGAUUUUGUUCAAUGCUGCAAGUGUAGGUGCAGUCAUGGUGACUCUUGUUUUUUGGGCUAUCUUAGUUCCUGGAACUCAAUUGGGAACACUCACAGUUGACAAUUUACAAUUACAUUUGGUGAACAGCAUCUUGAUAAUUCUGGAACACGCUGUAACAGCCUUGCCUGUCCGCCUUUUCCAUGUCAUUUACCCAAUAUUUUAUGGAUUAAUUUAUGUAUUUUUCUCAAUAUUUUAUUGGGUGGAUGAUCACUCACAUGUUAUUUAUUCUAUUCUUGAUUGGGGUAAUGUAGGCCCAACUAUUGGUUAUGUGUUACUCAUUGGUUUAGUUAUUAUACCAGUUAUACACUUAUGUUUUUAUGGGUUUUAUCGACUAAAGAUUAUUUUGUUUCGUCAUUGCUGUCAAGAGUAAUAAAAUAACAGAUAAUUUUUGUAUAAAUUGUGGACAGAAGUAAAUGCCUGUUUAUUAAUAUUUUAAAUUAGUGGUCUUUACUUUUUAAAUAUCUUAUAUUUUAAGGCGUGCUUAUAAAAACAACCUCAACAUUUUAAUACAUUUUUCAUAGUUUUACAUAAUAUUUUUAUAUAAUACUAAUACCUUUUAGAAUUUGAAUGGAUAUUUCGAAGCUUAUGGAGAUAUUAAUAUGAUAAUUAAGUGAUUUCUCUCCUAAAAUUAAUAAUUUUUAAAUUGAUAUUCGAGAUUAAAAAAAAUAAUAUACCAUUAUUGUAUUUUAAUCAUGAUAAUAAAAAUAAUUGUUACUAUUUGUGUAUUAUUACUAUACUUUUCUGAACAAUUUGCUGCUGCAUUAUAUUAUUCAACCUGUUACUAAAGUAUUGUAUUUACUGUUCUAUUUAUAAAAUCCAGUAAUUGCAUUUUAUCUUUGCCUUACAUAUGUUGUUUUAUAUCAUCCUAUUGAUGGGAAAAUAGAUGCAUUCCUGAUAUAUUGUGAAAGUUGUACACAUUCAAUGUUUUCUAGCUUGUUGAAAAAUAUCUCUACUCUUUACACAUUUAUGAUUUUUAACAUUUUUUUUAUUAUAUAAUUAUUGUAUAGCAAAAUAUUUAUAAAAUUGGAAUCCAUAUAUAUUGAAUAUUAAAUUAUUAUUAUAAUUAUAUGGGAUAGUAGUUUUAAAAUUUAAGAUAAUACAAAAAAUUGGUUAAAAUAAGAGACAUUCCAGUCAUAUACAGCUAUAUAGAAUCAUGCGUGUAGAGAGCCCAUGUAGUGAGAACAAAACCAACAACAAACCAGAUUUCUGUUCACAAAUUCUUGCAAGUAGAACUAAUUGUUUUAGCGGCUUCUAAAUACUUUGAUUUUUACAAAUUAAAUUUAAGAAAAAACUUGCUGAAAGUAUGUACAUUGUAUGUUGAUCCACAUACAACAUUAAACAAAGCUUAUUUGUCAAUGAUUAAGUGUUGAAUUACAUUGUUCUCUACCCACGAUCACUUGGUAAAACCUUACCAUCAAAUCUACCACAUUUUAAGUCUACAAUAUGUGCAUUUUGGUCAGCAGAAUGUAAGUUGCCUUUGUGGCAAUAUUCUAAAUAAACUCUCUCUGGCUCUUUUUACCAACAGCCAAUAUUCUUUCAGACCUUAUACACCAGCUAUAUUUUUACUCUGAUAUUAUAACCAAACAUGACGAACUCUUGGAUGUUCAGGCUGGAUUUUAUGCCUAGCUUGUCAUUUUUCUUAUAAAUGUAAGAGUUUUAUGGUGUGUAUAGAUCCUGUCAUGACUGACAUUUGAGAUGCAAUAUUCCUUUAACUUUCAAUAUUAUAAUAAUAUUUUAACUUUUGUGAUGUUGCCACUUGCUUAAUAUUAUUAAUAAUCAUGCUUUUUAUUUUCAUUUACAAUACAAAAUUCAGAUUUUUUAAGAUUUUUAUUCCAUUUAUUUGUUUUUACACAUUCCUGAUUUUCUUUUUAACACAUUUUUUUUAUACAAGAACCUGUGAAAUAAAAUAUUUUCCUGGGUUAGCCUAAUUCCUUUUAAAGGACAAGAAUGAAAGAAUUUUACCUUAAGGGAGAAUGGACCUUCAAUUUUUCUUCCUGAAUUCAACUUUGAACUAUGCUUAAAUUUAAAUAAAGAAACUUCUAUGUGUGGCACAUUGUUUUUUAAACAGUCUUCCAUUUCCUUUUUUCAAUGUUAUUUUAUCUGAAACUAGUUUAAAAAUAUUUGCACCAUGAAUCUCGUUAAGUACUUAAAUAUUAAUCACUCAAAAGCUUCAACUAUUAUUUUAGCAAAUGCUGUAUUUUUUUAUCAUUAGAAUAGAUUAGUAUGUUUUUGUUUUCUAUAAUUUGUUUUAUUUAAAUUCUUAAAUGUUAUUAGUUAAUAGAAUAGCAUGAUAGAAUAUAUGUUUUUCAAAAUAAAAAAAUUGUAAAUUAAAAUCUUCAUUAAUACUAUUAAUUUAAAGAAAUAAAA